CGCGAGUACUUAUGAAUGGAACCUAGCUCCCAUCAUUGAUCCCCAACCCCCACGCUCGUUAACAUGUCGUUCAAGCUCGCUAUCGCCGCGUUUGCGGCCCUAGCCGUCGUCACUUCGGCCGCGCCCCUCGCGUCGGACAACUGGCCCAUCGCCCAUGAGCCGGGAACCAUCCCCACCAACAAGCUCGAGCCGCUCCAGCAGCGUGUUGCCUACAUCGACUCGACCUCCAUCUCGGUAUCGUGGAACACGUACCAGCAGCUCCCCGACGCCGAGGCCAUCGUCCACUACGGCACCGACCCGCUCAACCUCGACCAGGUCGCCACGUCCGUCCAGACCACGUUCCAGACCAGCCGCACCUGGAGCCACCAUGCCACCAUCACCGGCCUCAAGCCCAGGACCGAGUACCACUACCGCGUGGCGCACACCAACUGCUUUGCGUGCCAAACCCUCCCCACUUACACCUUCACCACCCCCCGCCCUGCCGGUGACAUCUCGCCCUACUCCGUCGCCAUCGUCGGCGACAUGGGUCUCAUGGGCCCCGACGGUCUCACCAACGUCACUGGCAAGGGUGCUGGCGGUACCCUGAAGUCGACUGAGACCAACGCCAUCCAGUCGCUCGCCCAGAACCUCGACGCCUUCGACCACAUCAUCCACGCCGGUGACCUUGCCUACGCCGACUACUUCCUCAAGGAGUCGGUCCAGGGCUUCUUCGGCCCUGCCAAGAUCCUCGCCAACGCCCAGGCCAGCGCCAUUGUCGACGGCUACGAGUCGCUCAACGAGGCCUUCUACGACGAGAUCACCGCCCUCACCGCCACCAAGGCGUACAUGGUCGCCGUCGGCAACCACGAGUCCAACUGCGACAACGGCGGUGUCACCGACAAGGUCAACAACAUCACCUACACCCAGUCGAUCUGCAUGCCCGGCCAGGUCAACUUCACCGCGUACGCCGAGCACUGGAACAUGCCCGGCAAGCCCGGCAACACCAAGAACUUCUGGUACUCGUACGACGUCGGCAUGACCCACUACGUCGUCCUCGACUUUGAGACCGACCUCGGCGUCGGCAUCUACGGCCCCGACGAGACUGGCGGCACUGGCAAGCAGAUGUCUGGCCCCCGCGGUGCCCCCGGAGAGCAGAUUGCCUGGCUCAAGGCCGACCUCGAGAAGGUCGACCGCAAGAAGACCCCCUGGGUCGUCGCCGUCGGCCACCGCCCGUGGUACGUCGGAAUCAAGGACGCCAUCUGCGCGCCCUGCCAGAAGGCCUUUGAGCCCAUCUUCUACCAGUACAACGUCGACCUCGUCUUCACCGGCCACGACCACAUCUACUCGCGCUCGUGGCCCAUCUGGAACAACACCGUCGAGCAGCAGGGCUUCAACAACCCCCGUGCCCCCGUCUACAUCACCAACGGUGUCGGCGGCCACUACGACGGUCUCGACACCAUCGACAACCCCCUCCCCAACACCAUUGCUGCUGGUAUUGGCGGCGUGUACGGCUGGUCGCACCUCACCUUUGAGAACUGCACCCACGUCAAGCACGACUUCAUCGCCGCUGCCAACUCGACCGUCCUCGACACCUUCUACCUCUACCGCGAGCACCCCGGCUGCACCAACUCCCCUGGCGGUGGCCAGGGCGGUAACGGUGGCAACGGUGGCAACGGCGGCAACGGCGGCAACGGCGGUAACGGUGGCCAGGGAGGCAAUGGCGGCAACGGUGGCAACGGUGGCCAGGGCGGUAACGGCGGCAACGGUGGCAAUGGUGGCAACGGCGGCAACGGCAACGGCGGUGGCAACGGCGGCAACGGUGGCCAGGGUGGCAACGGUGGUAACGGCAACGGUGGCGGCAAUGGUGGCAACGGUGGCCAGGGUGGUAACGGCGGUAACGGCGGUGACAGCGGCUGCAACGAGCAGUAA